AUGUCAGAAAGAGGGCAUUUCAGAGGUGGAGGCGGCGGAGGGAGGGGCCGCGGCGGUCGUGGUGGUGGCCCAUCUCGAGGAGGUGCCCACCAAGGCUCCCAAUCCGAGAAACCCAAGAAAGAGAACAUUCUCGACCUGAACAAGUAUAUCAACAAGGAGGUGAAUGUAAAAUUCAACGGAGGAAGGGAAAUCAUAGGAACGCUGAAAGGGUACGACCAGCUAAUGAAUCUGGUGCUGGACGAUGUCAAAGAGACCAUGAGAGGCAGGCAAGCCGCAGGAUAUGACGAGGGCAACGAGAGGACGCGAUCGCUGGGCUUGAUUGUUGCUCGAGGCACGCUUUUGGUCUUGAUUUCGCCCGUGGAUGGCUCCGAGGCUAUCGCAAAUCCAUUCCAACAAGCCGAAGAGUGA